GCAAAGAAGAAUGCUAAGCUGUUGCCAUGCUUUGUGGAUCUAAGUACAGCCGCCAAGCUGUACUUACCCCUGACUAUCUUCGUAUCGUCGUAUUUCUCUCCAGAUGGGGAUCCUUUGAGCCCAGAAUACUGGAAGCAUGUUAAUUUAACGCUUUUCACCUUGUCAAUUUCGAAACGGGCCCGUAAUUUGUUAUACACGCUCAUGGCUUUAUCAAUGGGGGCUGCGACCAUCGCGCGUCGCGAUUGCACACUAAGACCCUUGCGAGCCACGACCCGGCCUUUCACUCCAGAGCUUCGUCGUUUCGAACACUACAAUGGUGCAUAUCGAUAGCUUCAGCGUCGGUACCGUUGCCGGUCUGAUCGCCGCCGGCAUCUUUGUCGUUCAGUUUGCGGUGCCCACGAUAUUUCCAUUGAUCCUAGUCGGGGUUUUGAAGAAGGAGAAUACUGCGGCAACAUGGUCUGUGGUGGGAAGGACGUUGCAUUCUUCACACUGGCCAACAAUCUUACGGUCAGAUUCCGCAAGCGUACGCGGAGUCAGGGGUAGCAUCAGAUUGAUCGCUCUUUUCGAAGUCUUCUUCCUUCUCCUCGUUACGAUCGCCUCUAUUGUCACUCCACUUGGGCUUUAUGAGACGAUCGUUCCCGAAGAUGGCCUGAAGGAGGAGACUUUUAGCUAUGCUGAAGACAACUCCUCGAUGGGCAUUGGGACUCUCCCGAGGCGUAAUGAUUUCGGCCCGUCUCGGAUGUGCUGGGGCAUUGGCCGACCUGCAGUGUGCCCAUGGUCAAAUACGGUUAUCAACGAGAGCUUCAACGAGACCAUGUACACCGCCGAUCUCCCAGAGGGGUACGACGUCCGGCUCCCCAAGAACAUCACAGAGAUAUACAGCGCCGGCUUGUCCAAACUACCACAGACAGUCGCAAGCACGUUUGACAUCCAGUGGAGAACUUAUCGAAAAGUACUUAAGGACAAAUUCAUGAGAGAUGGUCAGCCAUAUCUCGUAGGUGACUACCGGCAUCUCUCGCAAAUGGUGCUUAACGAUGCUUGGGAAGCUGUCGCGGGCCUUAUUGUGGACACGAAAUCCGGCGGCAUAGGCUUCCGAAAUCACUCCACGCCUCCUCAGCUUCCCUUCGGGAGCCGCUGGUCGGAGGACAUUCUCUUCAUUGAACCAGAAACCGAAUGCGUCGACUUGAACAUUACUCUGGACUUCAACAUACCGUAUUCGAACGACGCCCUAGCGAGCGUGGAAAAUAUAGUCAUCACCGAUCAUGGAGGGUUUGCAAACUUCAUCAAGGACAUCCCUUCGUACGAUCAAAACAAGACCUGGGCAAACGCUAACUUACGGGACCGCGCGUACUUUGCUGCUUGGUUCAGCAAUGUAUACUCCAUGUUUUAUCUCAACGUUACUAACCCAAAGAACAAGCAGUUUCCACAGAGAUUUCAAUAUGUGAGCUCGACUGUUGGAAAAACUUUCCCUCUAGAGUUAGCCGAUUUCACGAGUUUCAAGCCCACGUAUGAUCAGUUGAUCAUCAAUGGGGAAUACGGUGCCUUCCUGCAAUUACCCGACGCCCUGUUGAACGGCACGCUCUCGAACUCGACUUACCCUAACCCUUUUAACAUCGUGGAAUCCAACUUCACCGACAUUGCGCCGGCAUGUUCGAACAGCGACGACUUCAAUUUUGCCAAUAUCUCAAAUAUCGCAGUCUCUUGUGGCAUGAUCUAUGGCGCGGCUCGGAGACGGGAUGGCUCCGCGUCCCUCUUGUUUGACCCUGGCACCGAGUGGACAAUCCCGAUGUACUCCUGCGCAUCUGCGUCCAAAACAUCGAUAAAGACUGUCUCGUUCCGAUACAAUGGUACGGCUGGGCUGCACUCCCUGGACGUUGUCGAUAUCAAACCAAAAACCUAUGCGACAGAUGAGGAGAAGCCGCUAUGGGCUGUCGAAAAUUUGGGGUUGAGACUUGGAGAUGUCAAUCCGGUGUGGGGGAUCACUCUACCGGAGCAUGACAAUCAUCCGAACAUAUCGACAGCCAGGCAAGAGUAUUUGUAUCUCCCUGGGUUGGCAUCCACCAUUCUAGGCGUCUCACCAACCAGCUCGAGUCAGAAUCUAGCUGGCGUAGACUUCUACUCAGGCAUUAUGGCGGUGGCUUACAACAUGGACGGUGUCGACGCGAACGGAGGCUAUGGAAUCCCGGACUACACUGGUAAAACCAAUUUGGCCAUAUACAAUCGAUGGCAAGAGUACUCUCGAAAUGCAACGAAAGCAGCCAGAAUCAUUAACCUCAUCUGGACAGACAUUAGCGCCAACGCUGUUGUGGGUGCGAAGAGCCACCUGCCGUCCGAACCGCUUCAGAAUCUAGCAAAACGCGACGAAGCUCAAGCGCCGGUUCAAGUUCCGAUCACAGUGUACACGCGCCGAGUACGAUUCCACCUUCGCUACGGUAUUCCCGCCUUCCUUGUUUUAGCGCUUUGUGCGCUCAUCAGCGUGGUCGCGCUCUUCUUCAUACUUGUUGGACGGGCAACACCAUCGAACAUGAGGCGAUAUCUCGAUCAGACGUCUGCUGGGCGGAUCUUGACCACCUUCUUGUACACCAACGACUGCCCACCAGGUACUUCUCGGACUGACUGGAUCCGCCUGGUGGGGAGGAAGCGAGUUGACAUUGGUGGGCUGUAUCCGCGAGCGACAGAUCCUACAACAGGAGCUCCUUUGAGUUCCGGAAACACGAUUGGCGCCGUUGGAGCAAGCUCUGCGGCAACGUUGGCAUACGGCAAGAUGGACGAGGCAGCGAUCAGCCUGAACUCCCUACCAUCUCCGCAGCCAUACUCGCCCGUCGCUGGGGGUGGUGCAGCGCAGAGCUAUUACAGUCAAGGGGCCGACUCGAUGAACAACUCCCCUUAUACUUACGUUCCGCCCGGAUCCGGCAUGCUAAGCCCCCACGCUGGCUAUACCGAAUACCGGUCUGGUGCGGUGUCGCCGAUCAAUUCGAAGCCGCAAUGAAGAGUGCAGUGUAAUGGAUAAUGGAUGAUGUAGAAGCAGUGCGAAGUGGAGAUAAGCUUUUGAGGGCUGACAAGAAGGCUGCACAGCACCACCACCAGGCAGAUGCUCAAUUCUGAACGAACAGUCUCCCUGCCUUUCUUGUGUCAUUACGGAACUAGGAUGGUAGCUGCUUCAUGAGCCAGU